CAAACGUCAAACGGCGCCCCCUUCGCUACGAUCUUUUUGUUUCCAAGCAUGCCUUGGCAACCACGUUUAUUUGGGCAACCGCUGAAAAUGUUGUUAGUUAUCCGCUUUAUUACGGUCACUAGCUGAAGCUAAGUCCGCUCGCCAGUGAUUAUUUCCUCGGCUCGAUUUCGUGCAAAGUGGUUCAAGCGUAUUUCUGUGAAAUGCCAUCGGAAGAGUGUAACGACGCGUGGCUGGAAACGUUCCGUGCUGCUGUACAGCAUCCGGAACGAACGGAACGGCAGGGAGCAUUGAAGAGCUUCGGGCAAGACUUUACCCGCGACUCCAUCAUCGCCGAAGAAUGUCCCAGAAUAUUCGACGAUACGUACCUGCACAUUCUCCGCUGCUAUGGCGAUCGGUUCGAGUCAGUGCGGACGCUUGCCGUAGCGGCAAUGGACGCUCUGCUGGGUAAGCUUCCCCCGAAUGAUUACUAUCUCGGCUGCAUCGUGCCGGUGCUGGCGAAACGUAUCGGCCAGGCCGAAACGAUCGAAGACAGCGAGGAAGUGCGGUUGCAGCUGCUGGAGCAGCUGGAAACGCUGGUGGCAAAGUAUAGUGAUCCGGACGGAAGCCGCGGUGGUGAUCCGCUGCUGAAGGUGUUGGACAGUGUGAUUGACACACUGAUCAAAAGCUUGCGCGAUCCGUUUCCGGCAGCGCAGAAAAAAAGCUGCGAAAUCGUGAUCGCAUUGGCGGAGGCCACGCCGAGUCUGCACUACCGUGCCGAAGCGCUGGUGGCACCGGCCAAAUCGAUUCUCACCCACCGACACUCGGCGAAUCGUAUUGCCGCGGUGGAAGCGCUGGGUGUCCUGUCGCUGCACAUUCUCUCCAAUGGUGACUGCGUGUCGGAAAUCAUUAUGGCCGUGUCGCCGUUGCUUAUGGACGAUGUGCCCUUCGUAAGGCGUGCGUGCGGUCGGGUCGGGUGCCUGAUGCUGCAGAAGCUGCGCGAUCGGUACUCGUUCUUUCAUCGCAUCCUUCCGCUGGUGUUGAAUUGCUUGUGCGAUGAAACGGUCGAGGUGCGUGAAGACAUAGAAGCUGGUUGGAAGCAAGCAGGGGAGCUGUACUAUCGUGAAAAUGAGACUGAACUUUCCAAGGCUGCCUUGAUCGAAACCGUCCCGAAAGGGUAUCCCGGCGAACGGUACCGGCGACCUACGCUGGCCUGUCGGGCUAUUGUGCAGCGUAGUCUGCGGGUGGUCAAUUUGGUACUGCACGAAAUGGAGGAGUGGAAGGAAAACAUUCGUCUUCACGCUACGAAGCUGUUGAAGCAGAUUGUGCUCCAUGCCGAGCGGUCGUUUUCUACGCUUUUUCUCGAGGUGAAUCCGGUGCUAGCGAAGGCGUGCAUGGACGCUGAAAAAAGUAUCGUCUCGGAGGCUCUCAGUGUGUGUGAGUUGAUGGGCAUUUUGCUUGACUACGAUACCUGGAGUCAGCAUAUGUUGACCACGUUUCAAAAUUACCCAACAAUCGGACAGCUGCGCUGUAUGCGUACACUGUUUGCUAGCUGCGUACAGGACGAGGCCAAAUGCAAAGACGUACGAAAGUUUUCCACCCUGCUACUCGAUCCGGACGUUUGUCAUAACCACCGGGAUGCCGUCUAUCAGCGUGAGUUGCUGGAAUUUUGCAGCAUCCUUGCAUCGAGCGGACAAAAGCAAGAGUCACUGACUGCAAGGCUGGAAGAAAUUACGGUCUGUGAAUCGAACGACAGUACCGCCGGGGAGCAACAGACCCUUGAGCGCACCUUGUAUACUGUCGCUUUAAAGGUGGUGGCCUUCUGCUAUGGCUUAGAAGAUCGAGCAUCUGUUCGCGAUUUGGGCAUGACGGUGUUGGGACUGCUGGACAGUAACGUAGAUCGCUUGCAUCAGCACCAUUUGGCAAGCGUAUUGUGUAAAAUUGAACACCUCGAGAGCGAAAAUUCUGACGCAAGUACAAGCAUUCUCCUUCUGUGCGGCAUCGUUGCCGUUUGCGGAUUUCAGGAUUCCUAUUUCACCAUCCUGAACGAAACUCUACAGAAAGCUGUUACACAUGCGGCACCUGAGGGGAAGGUAAAACUUUUCAGUGCUAUUUCCGUGGCAAUGCUUUCUUGGAAUGUUCAUAACGCGCAAUCAAAGGAAGAUCAAAUCGCUAUGUUGAGAGCAUUAACGGAUGCCGUAAUCGCACCUCACUUGGUAUGGUCGGCGGGAAGAAGUGCUGAGUCUGUGCGAGCAAUGGCAACAGCUUGCUUUGCUUCCAUGGCACAAGGGGUCGAUCCGAAUGUGUAUAUGUCACUUCUGCCAACCUACCUGAACGUACUCUCCGGUUUAAUCGAUGAUAAUUGUAUCGCUACACGUGCCUAUAGUUUAAAAGCACUCGUGCGGCUUCAAGCUUUAAAUUUUGAAUCGCUAAAGCUUAUAGCGUUUCCGAUCAUGUCGCGAUUAGAUGACCCAAGCGGGGAGGUUCGAGAGUUGGCGGCGGUGUGUCUCGGACGUCUUCAAUUAGAUGUGGCUUUGUCGGAGGAUGGGCAGCAAAACACUAUCGAGCGUUGGCAGGACAUUUUGCGACAAAUUCUGUCAGUCAUGUUUCUUCACUUGGAGCAUCCUGAAACCAAGCUUCGCUGUGCCAUUUUCGAUUCUUUGAAACGGUUGCAUACUGACAAUCGAGAAUUGAUCGAGCGUUUGGCUAGCGAUGUGCCUUCUGGAUGUUCAUACAAAAAGGAUCUCGAAACCAUCACGUCCAGAACAAAAAGUACAUGAAAACAAGUAAGGGUCGAGUAUGUGUUGUAGAGGGGGGCAUUUUUAGUGACUUUCAAACACAAUUUAUCCUAUACAAAUGAAAUGGCAUCUAUUCCUUACGUUUGGAGGCAAUAAUUUUACUAUUUGUUUGUGCUAAGACAAUGUUUCUACAAUCGCAUUUCCUCAUAUUAUUUAUAUUUAUCUUCAUGGCAAAAAGGAUUUCGUUUUUUUGUAAUUAGGUAAUGCCUGGAGAUCAAUGUUCAGCCUUAUUCAGCUUAGCAAUGCUCGUUUCAUGUUUUUGAUGGAUUCUUAAGGGCUUCUUAAAUUUUUCCCAGAACAGUGUGCGAUAGCGAUUUGUUGAACUUUGGUUUUUGAGGUGUGAAGAUAAUAGUUUGAUUUUUGACUAUCCAAAGGAUUUGAUCCAAAGGAAUGAAUGAUCAAACACGAUUAUCGUUCGCGUAAAGUGAAUACUGUUGGGAUGUCGGUUCAAUGGUAAUUAGUGUGGUCAAUCUUUCAACACUUGAAACAUUUGGACUCUUCCAUAACCUCACGGAUGUGGCACACCGACCAACCAAUCUUCUGCAUUCCUAAAAUGAGGAAGCUUUGGAAGUCUGUCAGCGAUACGUUUAUCCGUGCCCAUUGGGUUCCGGCUGCGUGGCUUCUCUUCAUUUUGAUACUAUUGCAUUCAAUUUCGAUAUUAAGCUGUGCUCUGACAGCAUCAGCAACCUCCUCUGGGAGUAAUUAUCUCGUCGCGAUGCAUGAUAUCUAUCAUCCUCGAUGGAGCCAACGUUCUGACAGACGCUUUGUCCGUGAUGCCCUCUUAGACAUUUGCUGCCAGUGCAUUAGCAGUACUUCCCUGCUUUAGCUCCAGCAAUAUUCCACCGUUUUAGGCCCGUCGGACCUUUGAUUGAUUCUCUCACUGACUUAAGGGAGUCUGUCUGCUUCAUCUCUUUCAGCAACUUUGCCAGUCGUUCCGAAGUGCAAUCACCUUUAAGAAGAGCUUCAGGCCGUUUCAGGCCGGCGCAUCAGCACAAUGAUUCUAAUUUUGCUGUAGGCUUAUUACCAUGUUGGGUUACUACUGGUAUCUGGAGUUUGGGGCAACUGUCAGUGUUCCGUGAAAGUCCCUACGUUGUGAUAUUUUAACUGUUUUUACACGAAAUAAUCAAUCGUUUGUUCUCUGUUGGAAAGUAAAGUUCACUUCUUUAUUCACACCAUUUAUGCGUGCUUCGCUUUGCUUCGGCUCGUGACAAGUGCCUCAAAAGGGCGGUCCCCCUUUCACAGAUAUCGAUCGUGUACGUACUUUGGUACUACUUCGGCAUCAUUACUACCGUACUUUACCACGAAUUUACUUCAACUAACGGGCCUUAAGACAGUGCGUAUCCUAUUUGAGUAAUUUUAGUAUCUGUGUGCGGUUUUUAAUUACUCCUAAUUUUUUAACUUAUCUAAUACAAAUCAUGUAAAUAUAUUUGUUACGCGCACUCCGCUUAGCGGUAGUCGCUAACACAUAAAAAAAUGUCUAAGGACAGAUGUGUGCAUUGUCCUCCCGCCCGGGCCAAAGUGACAGGUGAAACUUAUUUUAAGGGAGCAUCGUACCGCGUUGCGACGAAGUACGCUUUAGCAAUUAAUUUUAGUUAUUUAUAUGUAUCUAUAUAUUUUUAUUUUUUAUAUUGCUCUGGCGGCGACACUUUGUGUUACGCGUUUUGUACACUGAAUGGUACACGAUUAUUCGCGAGCGCACACACACUCACUGUGUGUCGUUUGUGAAGCGCUACGUACCGCGAAUGAGUUUGAGAAAGACGCGCACAGAACACACACUUCGUGUUACGCGUUUUGUACACUGAGUGGUACACGAUUAUUCGAGUGGGCUUGAUGGGCGGAUAGGAAGAUAGUGGUGGUGGGGGCACCAUUUUCCUUCCGUGUGGUGAUGUUUUAGGACGACGUUGCGUCGCCUGUUGCUGAAUCGUACGAAAACGCAACCUUUGAGGACACUCCGGAUCGUUUGCUUUGUGAUUUCCAUCACAAUUUGCACAUUUCGGUACUGUUGGGUGGACCACAGUGCAAUCCGCGACGUUGUGGUUUUGAGCGCAGUUUAAGCAUCGUUGACGCAUGCCGCAGUGCCGCGAGCCGUGGCCAAAGCCCAUGCACCGUAAACAUUGGGUCACACCUCGUCGUCCACCUCGGAAUGCCUCCCAAUGGACACGGAUAGAUAGGCGGGCACGAAUUUCUUUUAGGGCAGCCAGCGUUGUGGUACCAUUCUUGAGAUGAACGAGGUAUAGACAGCUUCCACUAUCUCGGUUUCCCUUGUGACGUCGUUUGAUGCGGUAGACUGCAUCUACUUGGAGUUUUUCGGCUUCUAGGGCAUCUCGAAUGUCCUUCUCGUCGGAUAGGGGUAGCCCUCGCACUACCACUUUGAACGGACGAUCUCGGGGCAGAUCAUGAGUAUAAAGCUCACAAUCGGCAGUUUGCAGGAACGUGAGAAUGGCCUUGUAGUCUUCUUCAUUUCGCGUCCAACCUUUUGUGCCUACACCAACUAUUUAAUACUCAACCUUUGCGAUGUGGGUAAGCAUUUUUUGCAACUCUUGGAAGCUCUUAUUACGAUGGGUGGUAGUCGCUGUGACAGCUUGUGUGGGCCUGCUGCUGAUGAUGGUGCAGUUGAAGCUGGUGGGGAGACAGUCUGUCGCUUUCUAGGUUCCACACAGAUGAAACCAUCAUUAUCUUCCAUUUCAUUCUCUGCAUCGGUGUUUUCACCAUCAAUUUUGGCGCGUUUGUCCGGCGCGUGUUUCGCCGAAUUAACGCCUUCAUCGGAGAUGGUUGGGCUGGUAGCUUCUCUCUUCUUCUUCGUCAUAGCACGCUUUUCGUUUGCUUUUCACUUGAUCGCACGAUACACAGAACACGUAUGUGAAGUUAGCUGUGAUAUGGGAAGUGAAUAAGGACACCGGUAGUUUUGUAGUUCACAUUUAACCGCUCCCGUAUCGUUCCCCAAACUUACUCCUCGUCACCAAAGCGCGCACCGCUUUUAUAGCUUCUGCCCAUCUUCCCUCUCGCUCCGCGUUACCCGCCGUAACCGCGUUCUCCUUCCUAGUUCAUUCUCGCAGCAUUCUCUUUAUUCUUCCGUCGCUCGCGCACAUUGCGUCGCUCGCGCACGCUUCUAUACUCUUCCCCAUUUCACACGUAUGUACGCGACGAUGGUCAUAAGCGAACUCGAAUGAACUUUUUGUUGCGCACAAACCGGUGCACAACGUUACACUUGGAACACACGGUGGCCACAGAACGCACACCAUUUUUUAAGAUAUUUAGGGGGUUGUUUAAUCUCACUAUUUCGGAUAAUUUAUUUUCCGCGUUUCGGUGUAACUUUCAAACCUUUAAUAUUUACCAGCAGUUAUUCGUUGUGCAGCAAAAUUGGAAGAGAGCUUUUAUUUGCGACAUUCACGGUUAUUUAUAAACUACUCGAUCGAGCCGAACACUCGAAAUUGAACGAAGAAUGUUCGUGUUUCGUUAAGCACUAUAUGAAGUGUCAGGGCUGUGCCUGAACAGGGGUCGAUUUAGUUCGGAUUAAUCUUGUCCCUAAUUUUAUGUCGCGAACGCGUUGGAUUUCGUGAGUAGGUAAUAAUGAAUUUUAUUUUACACUAUCUUAGGAACGGUUGCGCACGUUCGUUCGAGAGGGGUUCGCGUUGAGGAAUUUUACGAUCGCGGAGCGAAGGAAGAAGUCUGUUCGCUUGCGAGGUUGGGUUGCAAGAGAGAGAAUGUGCUCGCUGACAGCAGGAAGUGUAGCGCUGGACACGCGGCGCACGUCACUUUGACACAUUCGUGUGUCUGGUGAGUGCGCUCCACGGAGAUCCGUGUCUUUGUCCCUGGGUGUCACGAUCGCUCACGAUUCUAACGCCAGAUGGCGGUCUGGUCGCUACAGAUAUUUUAAUCCUGGUUGUCGGCACCAAAAUGUUUGGUACGGAACCCUACUUUGUGAUUGUUUUUUUAAAUGUUCUUAAGAACUAUAGCGGCGACGCUGGCACUGUAGCGGUGGCAGCGCGGCGCAUCUCCGCUAACAGCUGCGACGGUUUUCGGUCCCCGAGGUUCAUUUCGGCGAGCAGGCGGUGCAAGCGGCUUCGUUGCGACUAUUCAAAAUGUUCAAUUAUUGCACGUUUCGCUACCUCGUAACGUUCCGUCGAAGCGUACUGUCGAAUGUUCUCUAACAGGUGACGAAGCUCCGGAAGAACACGAAGCGGUAUGCGCCUUUUCAAGAUGUUGAAACGGCGAAUGUGUUGGUUCACGGUAAUAUUCCACGCGUCGAACCAAUUUUCCAAGGCGAAGAAAAAGGUGUGAAUGUCGGUGGUGUCCAUCUCCGGUGGUUUCAACUGCAUGGCAUUCAACGUGUCGAUCUGUGAUUCGAACGGUACCAAUUUUCCAAGGCGAAGAAAAAGGUGUGAAUGUCGGUGGUGUCCAUCUCCGGUGGUUUCAACUGCAUGGCAUUCAACGUGUCGAUCUGUGAUUCGAACGGUACGGUAGCCUCGCACGCGGACGGCCUUCGUAUGCUCGGGGUAUUCGGGACGGGCGGUGUUGGCGCGUGAGUCGACUUGGAUCCACUCGCGGCUGGAUCGGCUCUCGGGGUCACGCCAUCGGGAGUCGAUUCCUUGCGGACUGGCGGAAUGUGCAACAUCCUUACGACUAAGGUUAGUUUAAAAGGGUGGAUUUUACCUUAAUGGCGGUGGGAGCAAGCAAGUCCAGCUGAGGUUGGCUAGGUCGGUCCUUCGGCGAAGAAAAAUUCGCACACGCGGCCGAAUGUGUUGGGACUAGUCGGUCGUUGGCUGCAUUCGAGAAGAAACUUUUCCGCUGGGACUGGUCGCUCCGUCGGGGAAAAAGUGUUCCUGUACGGUGUUCCUCACUGGCUGGCACCUUCGGUGUCGAUUGAAACUCACGUGGGUUCGAUGUGUAUGCGCGGAGGGUUUUUUUUCCGCUGGCCAAUCGUGGUGCCUCUUUCGUGGUCGGCAGCUCCUCGAUGACGGGGGGAACGUUUCCGUCGGUCCGGACCGUGGCACAAGGAAACACGUUUUUCCUGGAUGGACGUUUCCUGGAAAUACGUUCGUCGGGGUCACCAGUUUUAGGGGCGCUGUUGUUCGGAUCUACUUUUGGUCCCUAAUUUUAAGUCGCGAACGCGUUUAAUGUCGUGAGUACAUAACAACGAAUUUAUUUAAAUCGAUUUUUCGGGAACGGUUGAGCACGUCCGAUUGCGGUCGAAGUAGGUACGAGGAGUUGUAAAGGUUCGCGGAGCGAAGGAAUAUGUCUGUUCACUGUCGAGGUCGGCGAGAAAAAAAAAAUUUGCUCGAUGACAGCAGGAAGUGAAGUGCCGGAUAUGCGGCGAACGUCACCUUGACAAGUUCGUGUGCCUGGUGAGUGACUGAGUGACAAGACAUUCGCCUUGCAAGAACUUUAGCGUUUAGUUAAAGUCGGGCAACUUUCCAUGUUCCUGUGUUCGUUCCCACAGCUAGACAGUUUGUUCGUCCAGCCAUGAAGUGAUGAUCUUCGUUAACAGCAAACCAGAUAAUUUGUCGACCUUGAUGUCCUGAUACUCCAAACCCCCAACGUGCCGUUGAACUGUCUUCACGAGCUCAAACAGCUCUUUGUGGUUCCCUUUCAGAACAGGUUUCAAAUCUAGGAGACCAGCCAGAUGUGUGUCAACAAUGACUCGGGGAUUCUCGAACUGGGACUUCAGCUGCUUCCACGUUUGCUCGAAAUUGUUGUCCUGGAUCAUCUUCGCUGUGAUCCAACCAGAAGCAUCUCCAACCAAAGCCUUAUCCAGAUGAUGCAGCUUCAUGGCAUCGGAGUCAUUACCUUUAGCAACAAUGUCCUCAAACAUCGUCUGGUACUUUGGCCGGGUCUCCACUCUUCCGUCGAAACUGGGAAUAUGCGUUCGCAGUGGUUGUUGUUGCACUAUGAAUGUGAAGUUAGCUUGUUUAUGGGAAGUGAAAUAAGGACACCGGAAAAUAUAUUUCUAUACGAUUUAUUUCUCGUUUCGCAGUUCACAUUUAUCCGUUCCCGUAUCGUUCCCCAAACUAACUCCUCGUCCCCAAAGCGCGCACCGCUUUUAUAGUUUCUGCCCAUCUUCCCUCUCACUCCGCGUUGCCCGCCGUAACCGCGUUCUCCUUCCUUCGCUCAUCCUCGCCCGUUCUUUUUAUUCCUUUCUUCUCGCGCACAUUCCGUCGCUCGCGCACGCUUCUUUACUCUUCCCCGUUUCACAUGAAUUGCUGCGUACCAGUGCUAUCUGCUGGGACCACAGGCUGCGACCGAGCUUUAGAUAGCUUCUCAAUUCUGUUCAUGGCUUCGGUGUGUAGAACAUCGAAUGCCGUUAGCAUCUCAUCUUGCUCAUCGAGUUUUGAUGACGGAAUUGAUUUCAAGAUUUCGCGAUGCACGGCGGAGUAUUCUUGGUAAUGAACAUCGAGCUUCCUUGCAAAAACCUUUAGCUGCGGUUGAGUCACCUUUGUUGGGUCUUCUUUGGCUUCCUCUAGGAUGUUGUUGAUGAGAGUAACUCUGCGCUUGAUUUGGCCACGCUGGUGAAUCAGCACCUUAGCGUCGGUAGCUUCAUCCUGGGAUCUCUUCGGAGUGUGAUCCAGGCCAACCAUCUUGGUACAUAAGCCUUUCGAUGAAGCUAUUUACACUUUACCCGGAAAGCGAUGUCAAAGCCACACUCACGCUUGUUCACACUUGCACAGAACGCGGUAUUCUAAAUUCACGGAACUUGAAUCACUUGAGUCUUUAGCGUUGUUUAAGCCACGCUUACGCUUGUUUCUGCCGACGGCGGGUUUGCGAAAUUCAACGGAAUUGUGAUUCAAAGCACUUAGGUAGCGUUGUUCUAGCCACACGAACGCUUACACACACUCACAAAGCACGAAACAACAGCAUGCGCACCGUUUGGACGCGAACAAAUGCCAUUAUGAAGAAUUCAAAUCAACCUCCUCGUUAUUUCGCGGCCUUAGUGAGUAUGUGCUAAUGAAAGUAUGCGCUUCGCUGGGAAAUGGUUCACUUCACUCUAUAAGAAGACGAAGGAACAAUUGCAAGAAUAAAUACAACUUAAUAAAUAGCCAACGGGAAGGGCAACACACUAUACAAUUAUACCUUUCCAUACAAAUAUGUUUCCUCCAUCUCUGCUGUAAUGCGUAAUGCCUUCCUCGGAGGUUUCUAUACAUGUCUAUAAGAUUCCCAAAUAUUUUCGUGACGAUCGAGUCGCGUUGAGAUUUGAUUUAGUUGGUUGUUGCUUGUUUAGUUCUAAGUUUUACAUUUCUGCGUCACUAAUAUGAGGUAACGGUAAAUAGAAACUUGAGUUGAAAAUCAAAGUUGAAGAUGAAAUGUAAGUUUGAGAUCAAGUGCAAAAUUUCACUCUCUCCUUAUAUCUCUCUUCCUCGUCUUCUUCCCUUCUCCUUGGUUUCUUCCAACCAGUACAUUCGACCGUAUGUGGUACCAGACACAGUCUACUAUCCACGAGAAGGCGGUGUUGAUCGAGCUUUGCCGGACACGUGUCAGAUCAUGUAGGCAUAGUAGAAUACGCUUUCGCACCGAUUCCUUCUAUUGAGGCCCUUUAUGAAUCUCGGAAUUAAAGAAAGCUUUGCGAGUCUCACCAUUGUGGGUAAUUGCUGUAUGUGCUGUAAGUGUUUUUUUCUGUUUUGAGUGCACGUUACUCCGUAGUGGAAUGAUGACGUUUUGCAUGCAUUUCAAUUUCAAUUUCAAUUCAUUCGUUUGUUAGCCUAUACAGACUAAACAAUACCUAAAAUAGAACAGAAAUUGCAAUAGAAAAAUCUUUUCAUUUUCUUAAUGUUCGGUAGGAUAAUCUGAAAAUCCGAUGUCUUUAACUUCUCAGAAUUUGUUCAUGGCCUCGGAAAGUGUGGUGGCGAUAAAGCUCAGCUUGUUCGACUGAGCCUCGACGUCUUCGACAACGACCCAUCCGAGAUGAGUCUCUUACAGAUCAGGCAAAUCUUCUCAUAGCUGCAUGAUCACGAUCGAUGUUCCAAAAAAUGAUCAGGAUGAGCAAUAGUUUUAGGCACAGCUGAAGAGGAAUUUGCACUGUUUGUACGAUGCGAAGUAAGCAGAGAAGGGUCAAAUCGAGCCCUUUCAUGUGAACGCGGCUUAGGUAGGCCACGAUCAAUAAACUUACGAACAGUAAGGGAAACUGGCCAAAAAGUUGAUUGAAGCGCGAGAUCCUUAAGUGAUUUAUGAAUACUCACUUUAAACGAGAUAAAGGACAUCGAAUCAAGGUUCACACCCUUUUUCGUGAGAUGGUAAACAUCAAUAUUGUCAGUUGGUAGUACAGCAUUAAGCCACACACGCAUGAUGUAUGAUAGUUGUGGUUGCAGUUAACGCUGGUAUCAGAAGCUUCUACAGUGUUGGUAUCGUUCGCACCUUGUUGGAUAUCAGCAGUGAGUUCCGUUGAGCUGAUAAAUGUACGGCGAGAGGUUUCAGUUUUGGUCGUUCUGGUUGAAUUAGUGGCAUUGAGUAACGUUACAUUAAUGGAAGUGUGCGUUCGCGAAGCGUUAGAAUCAGACGGCUUAGCUAAUAUGGGUGGUAGUUUAUCAGCGAGAGCGAGGAUCUCGGGAAGCAAAUCGCUCUUGAUAGCCAAUCUAAGAGAAGAGAGAGAUGAAUCAAUUGAGGUGAGAAUAUCUGUUUUCACCAACUCGAGUAGUGUUGCUAUCUCACAAGUGAGAAGCGAUUUUGUGCCAUUGCGAAACUCUUUACAUGUUUUGCACAACCACAAUAACUGAUUAUUUCGACCAAGUUCACGAGUAGAAUCACGGGAUAAACCAGUACAAUGGGUAUGAUGCUUGGAACCACAAACACCGGCGCAUGACACUGAAUUGUCACUAUCGGUGGGUGCUUUGCUGGUUGAGAACUGCAUAAUGAUGACACAGCACAAACUGAUGAGCGUCAGGAGCAGGAACAAAGCCAAUCACUAUCUCGGCAAACCGUCGAAAAUAACAGGAGACAGGAGACAGGUGCAAGAACUCCAGUGCAACUUAACAGCAAUCCAAGGCACUCACCAACCAGUGCAAAAAACUCAGCAGCAUCAAUGUUGCAAAUGAUGCAAAUGUUGCAAUUCAGGAAUAUGCACGGCAUUAUAGUACCAAAAAUCAACCACUCCAGAGCACGAGCAAGACACAACCACUCGGUUUGACAGUCAAUCGCUCCCUGAAAAUGUCACCGGUUCCCUGUUAUUUUGUAUGGUGGCAAAAUGUGGGAACCAUUCGCUAAAGUCGCGGACACGCGUCUCUUGUUGCACACUGCAGCUGCAGUCUGAUUUGGCGUUAGCUAUUGCAGUACGAUGCCGUGCGUGUGCGUAUCGAAACUAGACCUGUCUAGACGGUGUGGAAUGUUCGUCACAGUAGUGUAUGCACCCAUAUACUAACACACCCACAUACUAACACACUAGCGCGUCAGGGUCACCAUUUUUAGGGCGCUUCGGAUUUUUCAUAUUCUCUAACUGAUUUUAUUAUAACUCAUAUUCGCGGAGUAUGCUGAGGAACAAACUUGAUUUAUUCACUUGGUUUGGUUCGCAUCAAGGAGUGUUCACGGAUCGCUCUUCGAAAUGUGUUCGCAUGGACGGUCGAACUCGAAUGCUUCACAAGCACGGUGAGGCGUGCUCCGCGAUUUCGCGGUGAUCGCAGAAAUCGAAGUGGUUUGUUUCUGGUGUGGCAAGAAGGAAAGUGAAGAACAAAUGCGCGGUGAAGCGUGCUACGUAUGUCAGUUUCGUUCUCGCUGUCAUGUGUACAUCCUCUUAUCUGUUUCAAAGUGACCAGCCAGUUGCUCAGUUGGCGCCAGAUGGCAGUCUGGUCACUACAAACCGGUUUGAAUACCAGAAUAUAUUAGAGAAAAAUAUUGGAGGCAACGCUUUAAGUACGUUGCCUCGGGAUUGGACGUUUAUGUAUGAUAAUGAUUCGAAGUAAACGUUCGGAACAGUGCAACUGUGGGUUGCAGCUAAUCAGGCCAAGGUGCUGAAAUGGUCUGCAUGAGGCCCGCGUCUCAAUUCAAUUGAGAAUUUGUAGCAUACUGUUAAACGUGUUUAUGGGACCGGUUUAAAUCGGCUUGGAAAAGCUUCCAACCCAAGGACAUCGAGAAGCUUGAUUCUUUAUAGUACUCUUGUAAAAGCUACCCGAUGCCGUUGACUUGCGGUGAGCGGACUUAUCAACCAUCGCUGCAAUUUUCUAAUCUGUGGGACCAAGCGCGCGCUAAUAUGUUGCACCUAUGCCAUCGGCACAGAUUUGCUCGUUGAUAACAACACCUACAUUAUUGUUCUAUGCAUAAAUGCUUUUGGCCAUGCGCACAUACAGUUGUGGUAGCGGAAUUGAUGGCGGUGCUAAUGAGUAUAAUCUACCUUUCAAUGCAAUCCUACUAGCGCGCACUAUCCCAUGCAGAAACUUUUUCAUUUUUACUUUCUACACCUUUAAACCAGGUUCUAAACGCAGCGGCAUCGCACACUGUCAUUAAUCCACUGAUCUCUCGGUGAAUCGAAUUACCAAUAAACGAUCAUCUAAUUAUCCUUCAAUCUGCUAUAACAUAUGGAACAGGAAAUGUAAAAUUAUUGCCAGCAAAUAGGAACAGAUUGUUGAAAUGCCAUUAAAACUUACGAAAUCAAACGCAAAUUGUACUAUGAAUGAAUAAAAAUGCUAAGAUAACUAAUUAAUUGCGUA